GCUGGCCGAGACGAGACGUCUCUCGCCGGUCCGGUCCACUAGUACAUAAAUCCCCGUCACCGGCGGGCGAGGGGCGACGCGGUCGACGAGGAAGAAAACCCAACGGAGUUCCCACCCACCCUCCACAAACCCUAGUCGCUGCCUUCCCCCCAGCAACCGCAGACGACCCGCCGGAGUUUCCCCUGGGGGUUCUAUUGACUUUGCUCAAGCCUGCAACUUUCAUUGAAGCAGCAUGAGCUCCCUUGGAUUUGCAAGGAUUAUUCCCAAGAGGCGGCGGACUAAACAGGUUCCGUCCGAGCUUGUGAACCGCCAGCUUCUGGACCUGAACUUGCUUCCAGCUGCUGAAGGAACUGGUAAUGGGAGUUCACCUUCCACCAAUGAGCAUGUCUCACACAGCCGGGCCUCUGGUACGGUAGUCGCUGGGACUUCACAGCUCUUGGUGCCACCUGGUGCUGCAGAGUCAAACAUUCGCAUGAAUAGUUUUCCCAUCGACGUAGAAGUGAUCGAUGAUGAUGUUGUGAUUUAUGCUUCAAGAAGCUCGCUCCCUCGAGCAAGGCAACAGUCGACCAGGGCGGUACCUGUCACUGUGAUAAUAGAUGAUGAUUCAGAAACUACUGCGGGACCAGCAGGGGAAGCUCUUGAUGAGCAUGUGAACACACUACUUUCUCUCGGGACGAACCCAAGGCACCAUCACUCGGGAGCAUCCGUUGACAACCUUGUAAUAAACAUAGCGGACACACCAGAAACCAACCGUGUCUUGCCCAAGGUGAUGCAAGCUGUCCCUGAACCUGUGAAGGAGGUUCCAAAGGAACCAAAGUUCAGCUGCCCUGUCUGCAUGAACGAGCUGGUCGACCCGUCAUCGACCAUCUGUGGCCACAUCUUCUGCCAGAAGUGCAUCAAGCUCUCCAUCCAGACUCAGAAGAAGUGCCCCACCUGCCGGAAGAAGCUGACUGUCAACAACUAUCACCGUGUCUACCUCCCAACGACAGAUCAUUAAACAGACCCAGCUAUUCUGGGAGUGCACUAGAGCCGCAGCACCUGACCCUUUUGGCACUGGCAUUGUGGUGAUUGUAUCUGAACCAUCAUUCGUCACCGGGUCAUCAUUAGCAUUCAGUUUUUCCCAACAAUUUAACAAGUGAUACUGCUUUUGGCGCUCGACUAGACGUGGUUACCAGUAGUGGUAAAGGAUACCGUAGUCUUUUGAAGUCGAAACCUGUGCUUAUAUUGUGAGCUCUGGCUGUGAAGAAAUAUCUGAUGUUAUCUGUCUGGUAGGGUAUAUGAUGUUGUUUGUACCAUGUCUAAUGCGGCUUUGUGCUUUGUGCA